GUGGUGGGAGGUUGCUGUUGAAGUUUAUCUGUUGCAAGAUCCUUUCUUCUUUUCUUUUUUUUUUUAAAAAAAAGAUUGUUUUUUUUGGGUGCACUCUGUUUCUCUUUUCUUCUUUUCAUUUUUAAUAAAUUUCAGUGAUUGGCCUUUGUCGUCUCCCCUGUUAGUGCGCCAUUGUGGGUGCACAUAUUACCAGCCAUUUUUAUUCCAACCUAUCAUUUUCCAUCAUUCUCCCAAAGUCUCUUCCUUUUUUCUUUCCUCUUUCUCCUUAAGCAUGCAAAACCCCCUUCUUUCCCUGUCCUUUUUAUCCACUUUGACACGCCUCCCUCUUUUCCACCUGUCCCUCAAACCCGACUAGCUAAGCUAGCACAGGAAUUAAAACUCUGUUUAUAGCCCUGCAAGAAAGCUACAAACUUUUUUUUACCAACCAUUUCCCCAUUUGUCUACACUCUAAUCUGAUGAUGUACAUAUGUACAAAACAUUAUGUAUAGUAGAUGAAUAGAUAUUAUUAUGAUGAUUGAUGGGCUAGCAGGACAUAUACUCGAUAAAAUCUACAGGGCCUACCAUGAAAUGAAAUGAUACCAGAACUAACUAAAGGAAUGAGGGAGGGGGCAGAGGCGAGGAUCCUAUGUGACUGAGUAACGUACAACAGAUAUUGUACCACCUCAAUUUUAUAAGUCAACCCUCUGUUGACACUAGACAUUCUGGUAACAGUCUUAUCUGAUCCCACCAAAGAUGAUGAGUAAUAAAAUAGUUUACUAUUAAUUGAGAGUUGAGACAAAGGCCUCUCAAAACCAUGAUGGGUUUUGACAAAACAGUAAUCCAUGAGUUCAGGAAUCAAGAGAUGUGUUUUUGGUGGUGGGGGCUUUUCCACAUGUAUGUCCCCUUGUUUUGACUCAAUUUCCAUCUCUGGAAACACCUACACAACAAGCAGAAAUCGCUACUUCCGUUCCAUGCACUAGGACAAUGACGAAUUGGCAUGUUUAUCAUCCAGCUCAGGUUUAUCCAUCAAUAAUCAACAAGUUUUCUAUCUUAGUUUUACGGAUCAUGAAUCAACAAAGUUCUCUACUUAGUUUUAUCGACUGUGAAUCAACAUUUAGCUGCAUACUACACUUUAAAGAUUGAAUAAUUACGACAAAACCAUUCCUUCAAGACCCCACAAAAAACCUCAUACAUUUAGAGACAAUAAAAUCCAGCGUAGUUACUGCAGUAUCUGGUGUUACAAACAAAAGAAUAAUAAAGCUGAGAUGAAACUUUGGCAACUGUGUGUGCCCUUUUUUGAGGGACGAGUGAGAUAGACAUUCAUGCAAACACAUGCCUAGCCCCCUAGAGCCAUGAUAAUAUGUGUAUCAUAACUCAUCUCCUGAAAGUACUGUUCACAAUUUGGAAAGGGUUCAUCUGAGUCAAUGCACCACCUCAGAGUUAAUAAUAAUUUGCACGCAUAGCUAAGCUAGUUCAUUGGGAACUUAUUUGACCAAGAAGCAGCAUUUAAUUAUUUUUUAAUCUAUUUUUUCUCCUUCAUGAUCUUCUGUGUUACUGUAAAGAUAAACUUAGAUGACGGACAUGAUGUAGGAUGAUCAUUCAUCAUCUUCUUGUCUUUGCUUUAGUCUUUAACUUGUUUUACAGGGGAGCAGAUAUUUUGUAUGGUCAUCGCAUGCAUAUGAGAUGGCCAAAUCAAGAUGGAAACUAUACAAAAGGGGAGUAAUUUCCAUCCUAAGCAACAAGAGAAACAAUGUUGUAUGCAAGUGAAAAGGCAAGGAUAAGGAAAAAUGGAAUAACACUUAAAAUAUUGAAGUGGUAAUAUCAGUAACCUUAUAUUGGAUUGUCAAUGAGGCAAUUGUUUCCUGCGUUUUGGUAGAAGAGAAAGUAAGUAUGCUACAGAGUUGCAUCAUUAGCUUAAGGGUUCUAAAUCCCUAUAAAUGACAAGAAUAGCUAAAUAAUCAGCUGAUCCUGUGUAUAUAGUUUGAAGUUUGAAUCAUAUCAGAACAAAGAUUAUUGGUACACUUUUAUCCACAUUUCAUUUUAUACAGUUCUGAACUUAGGAUUAGAUACAUUAUUUACUUCUUCUAAUCAGGAAUCAAUUGGCUGACUAGAGCCAGAAAAACAACCUACAUGGAUGUUGCAAUGAAGUUCCCCAACGUCCAAGCAAUCUGACUGUUUUACCUCAUUAAGCAAUUUCAACACAACUGAUCUCGUGAUGCAUCGGAAGGCGCACUCACAUUGAGUUUGCUAUGCUGGAUUUCGCGUGAUUCACAAGAAUUAAGUCCCUUGUGAUAAUUCUGCCGGUUAAAGAAGAUUGAGCUCAAUUUACGCGACGUAAGGAUGAAGAUAUAAGUAGCUCAGCAAUGAUUAAUCUGGUGCUUUUUGGGGGGAAAUACUAUAAUACAUGUUGCAAAUGCACAGCACUACCAUUUUCUCCUAAAAGGUUUAGGCAUUCACAGUUUAUAGAUGUUUCUACUAGUGCAGGCUGCAUAAAGUCUAUGCCUAUUAGUUCUUUUGUUCAUCAAUUAUUCUCACAUAGGGUAAUCUUCUGGUGAAACAUGUAGCUAGUAAGUAUUCAACAUGGUAGAUGCAUGUUGUGAUUAUAACAAUACAGAAUGUAGAACAUCACUGCUGAUCAGUUGUACUUUUCUCUCAUACAUCCAAUUCUGUUUUAAGUGCAAAUUUUUAAUAUCCGCUGAAUUGAUACUGGUAUUAUCUUAAACUGAUAUUUGACUAAGUGAUCAAAUUUCUACCCUGUGUAGUUUAGGCUAAGGGCUAUAACCAACAACAACUAAGCCUGUAUCACGGGACUCCAAAACUGAUACUUGACUAAGUUAUUCAAUUCUAAUCCCCGAGUAGUUUAGGCUACAGGCUAUAACCAACAACAAUGACCAAUAAGCCUGUAUCACAUAAUAUGAGAACAGAUAGAUAUAUGGGCAAUUUCUGUAUGGAUUGGGAGCCUAAAGGGAUCAUAAAAACCUUAUUGUAACUUGAUGAACUUAUUAUAACAUAAGAAUAGAUUCCUACAAUACUACACCUUGCAACACAAGUAAAGCAGAGAUUUCGGAAAGGAUUAGAUCCACUUCAGAACAUCUCAUCAUUGUAUGAUUGAUUCAGAUUAGUAUUCUUGAUUUGCAGACUUACAGUUCCUUUGCCCUCACGCCCUGACAUCACACCAUCUAUAAAUUUUUUAAGUAUAGCUAGAAAGCAAACCUUUUUCCCCUAUUUAUAUCCAUCCUCACUAGAGAUUAUCCAACAACUUAAUAACAAUGGCUUCUACUUUUCAUUACCUAAUUCGGGGAAUGUUCUUCUCACUCUGCUUUCAAUUUAUUCCUUCACAAUCUAGCUCAGAAGUAAGCAAACUUCACUGCACUGAAUGGGUGUCAAUCCUUUGCACAAUGAAAAGGAAAAAGCCUCAAACUUGGUAAUGACAAGUGGACUGAUCCUCCUAUUGUUUCUUACUUUUAUCACAGGUGUACAUAGUCUAUCUUGGUCACCACCAGAAUAAACAUCCUCUUAUCACUUCAAACAAUCACCUACGACUCUUGAGCAAUGUGUUUGAAAGGUAAAUGAAAUCUAUCCAAAGAAUAACGAAUCAGUAGCCUGUAAGAAUUUUACUAUCCAUGGUUGUAACUUUCCUCUACAGUGAACAAGAUGCAAAGCAGGCGAUGAUUUACAGUUACAAGUAUGCAUUUUCUGGCUUCUCGGCAACAAUGAAUUCGGCACAAGCUAAAACCCUAUCCAGUAAGAAAGCUUAACUAAUUAGACCUCCGAAUCACUAACAAGGUUUUGUUUUUAUUGUUUACGUACAAAAUCUUCCUGGUAUUUGAAAAGCUAUUCAGAGAAUCAAAACGGACACAUGACAAAUGAAUGCAGAUACAGAAGGCGUAAUAUCCAUUUUCAAAAGCGAGACUCUAGAGUUGCAUACAACAAGGAGCUGGGAUUUUCUAGGCCUCACCAUGGAUUACCCUGGGCAGAGAAUUCCAUGGCAGGAAACUUAUGGAGGCGACGUCAUUGUUGGAAUCAUUGACACAGGUUUAAUUUCCAUACUAGUACUACUAUGUGAUUUUGAUGCAGCAACAACCUAGUUAUUGAAAAACUUUCUCAAGUAUACAGUAGGGUAAAAUGGCACAAUAAAAGAGUAAAAACCACCAAAAUUGCCAAAGAUAUUAAGCAAUGGAAAAACCGAAAUGCAAUAAAAGGACUCACCUACAGAAUCUCCAAGUUCUGUAAUCAAUUUUCACUUGUAUGCAUCAGGAAUAUGGCCAGAAUCUCCAAGUUUCCGGGAAGAACCCGGGAUGGGGCCAGUCCCGAAAGCCUGGAAAGGGAAAUGCGUAGGCGGGGAAAAGUUCGACCCGGCAAAAGCGUGCAACCGGAAACUGAUCGGGGCGAGGUACUACCUGGAAGGAUUCGAGCGGCGGUACGGCCCGAUAAACCGGACGGGGUACAAGGAAUACAGGUCGCCUUACGACGCGGUGGGACACGGGACACACACCGCCUCCACCGCGGUGGGGUCCGCGGUGAGGGGGGCUAAUUUCCUCGGGUUCGGACAGGGGACGGCCCGGGGCGGGGCUCCGAGAGCCCGGCUGGCGGUGUACAAGGCGUGCUGGAAUUACGGGUACACCGGGGUGUGCAGCGAGGCGGACGUGCUGGCAGCUUUCGACGAGGCGCUGGGCGACGGGGUAGACGUGAUAUCGGGUUCGUUCGGGCUGAAGCCGCCACUGAAGCUGUUCUUCAGGUCGGCCUCGGAUAUCGGGUCGUUCCACGCCAUGCAGAGAGGAGUCACCAUGGUUUACUCAGCAGGUAACAAUGGACCGGAUCCUUGUUUAGUAGAGAACGUGGCUCCCUGGAGUAUCUCCGUCGCCGCUUCCAUCAUUGAUCGGAGUUUCCCAACUCUGGUUUCCGUCGACGGCGGCACUCUUUCUUUGCUGGGUGAAGGAUUUGUGGUGAAUAAGGUUAUGGGAUCAUUGGUAAAUGCCAGCACUUAUUUUUUUGGUGGUGGAGUUUGCCAGUUGGAAUACAGCAAAAACAAAUCAGCUGCGGGGAAAGUGCUGGUAUGCUUCUCCAGUUUGGGACCGGUGACCCGAGAAGAUGCAGAGUUAGCAGUCACAAGUCUCAAAGCCACAGGGUUCAUCUUUGUGGAGCCUUUAAGUAGGUUGUCUCCUUAUCUUACCAUUCUUCCUUACGUUCAAAUUGACAUCCUCCAGGGCCAACAAAUCUCCAACUAUCUCGCCCUCGCUCCCCCUUCCAAUCCCCCCACGGUUGAGAUAUUCCCGAGUAAGACAGUUCUGGGAAGAUCACCAGCUCCUAUCGUCGCAGAAUUCUCUUCAAGAGGACCGAGUCCUGUGUCUCCUGAUUUUCUCAAGCCAGACAUAGCCGCCCCGGGAGUGAAUAUAUUGGCAGCAUGGCCUCAAACAACUCCUCCAACUGUGGUACCUGAAGAUAAGCGCAUGGUGAGUUGGAACUUCUUGACAGGGACUUCGAUGUCUUGCCCUCACGUCGCCGGUGUAGUUGCUCUUCUUAAAUCCGCCCAUCCUGACUGGUCUCCUGCGGUUAUAAGAUCUGCUCUCAUGACCACAGCUUACAACUUUGACACGGCCGGUGAUCAAAUUUUGGCAGCUGGAUCAAUCAAACCUGCUGAUCCCUUUGACAUUGGGGCUGGCCACAUAAAUCCCCUGAGAGCAAUGGAUCCCGGCCUGGUAUAUGACAUGAAAACCUCGGACUAUGUUAUUUUUCUGUGCAACAUCGGCUACACUAGGGAUCAGAUAAAAAUUUUAGUCCUCUCGGAUUCCACCACCAGCGAUAACAAUAUGGACAACAUGAUGUGUCCUACGGAAUCCAAUCCAGCCAGGGGAGGCAGUCCAUCACAAAGCAAUGCAAACCUGAAUUACCCAUCCAUCACAGUCGUAAACCUCCAGAGGACCACUACGAUCACGCGUAUGGUUCGCAACGUAGGGUUAAUAGGGGGAGGAAACAACAACUAUAAGAUAUCAGUGUAUUUUGUGAAAGUGGUGAGUCCAAAUGGAGUGGAUGUGGUGGUGUGGCCUCGGGUUUUAAUAUUCUCAACACCUUUCAAGCAAGAAGCUGUGUACUACGUGACACUCGUCCCGAAGAAAACAUCACAGGGGAGGUAUGAUUUUGGUGAGAUUGUUUGGUCUGAUGGGAAUCAUUAUGUUAGAAGCCCAUUGGUUGUAUCUGUUAACACCUCUACAACAAAUGCUGAUGGAGGAGAAGUUGAAGCAGCUGCUGAUGAUGAUGCUGAUGCUGCAACUACUUAUUAGUUGCUUUUCCAAUUGUACUAAAUAAUAACAUUACAAUUAGACAUACAUUGUGAUGAUGAUGAUGUUUGAAAUAUAUUGGGUCUGGGUCUCAGUCAAAUCAUGGAUUCAGCCAAUUAAUUUGCUCAUCAGUUAGAUGAAUACUAUUCUCUGAGUCACAUUAACCUCCCAUUUCAGUUGGAUGAACAUAUAUUUCUUAGAGAAAAUCUUCUGAUAAAUAAUUUGUUCAGAGAAAGCAAUACUCCUAUAGUAGAUAACUGUAGUAGUGCUACGCUUUUAUUUACAAUUUGGCAA